CGGCAUGAGUUGACAGCAGCUCGGUACCCGCUGAUCCACGCGCUGCAGUGUACCAAAUCCUUCAGGAUGGCAGGUGCGAAGCACCACUGCCCACGGACAGGAAAACCGCGCGACUCGAUGUGCCGAAGUUUAAUGGACUUGCAGCAUUGCACGUGGCGUGCAGGACCCGCGAUCGCAAUAGCCACACUUGCAGCAGAACUAAAGGGCAACCAAUGCAUGCACAUGUAGAUCUACGUUGCAGACCUGCAAUUACCAGAAGGCACCUGACCUCGGCGGCAACGUUGCCCUUGAAGUGGGGCCGUAUCAGAAGGUGCGCUGGUACCGUGCACCUGCACUUGAGGUGCCACGCCUGCUUAACGUUAAUACAGUACGCGUACCAUGACACCAGACUUGCAUGCUCGAGGUGUAUCCACCACGCAUCGGCGGCGAGCAAGCUCGCUGUUGGCGUUGGCCAAAUCGAACGGCUGGACGCCGCCGCCGGAGGAGAUCCAAGCGGACACGCUCAUCAAACGCGACAAGAAAAGGCACAGAAGCGGUUCAAUGAAGCGAUUUGAGAGGCAAUUAACAUUGCGCAUUUUUAUAGUACAAUGGUACUGAUAUAUCGUUAAUAAACCAUUGAAUUAACAAGCUGGAGGCCGGAGGAAUAGGACAAAUAAUAACAAAAUCCAGUUCUGUUUUAUGAUUGAAUACUGACCAUACAUUUAUUAGAGCAGGGUAUCUGAAGCUGCAGGGAGCACAAAACGAGGGGACGACGGUACCUCACACCAAAGUCAAAUGCGGAGAUGAGUCAGAUCCUACUCCUAUUACCCAGCAGCAGCAGCAGCAGCAGCAGCAGCAGCAAUGCAGCCUGGGCAACACAUGCCCCUACUGCAGACCGCAUAACGCUAGCGCUCUGCGUCGGGUAAGCACACCUGCGCGAGUCGCACUCCGAAGUCGCGUGCGUGAACUGGCUGUUGCCGUCGCACCGCCAAACUCGAAGCGGUCUUAGAUUUGCGACUUGAACAUGCCAGAUAGCAGUCUGGCGUCAAGGUAGGAAACAGACGGGCCUCUCUUGAGACAUAUCAUGCGCUUGCACAGGAUCAUGACACAGUGCCGUUUUUUCUAAAUCGCGCCGGCGGGAUAGGUGUCGCCGACCGGGACGGCUUUGCUGCAUCUCCGAUACAUUCGCACAAUAACUGCCUGCCGCGCACGCAGCAGGUAAUGAAUGCCUUGUUAAUGACCAAGAUGCCGUACUGUAAGCGCGCUUGCGGGCGGGCGAGGGACCGCGGGCGGCAAUGCUUUGCUGAGUCCGGCGGUGCGAGAUUCGCCGCGCUUCCUCGUGUCGCGCGGGCGAAAAGAUUCGAGCAGGUGUUUUCUCCUCGUUUCUGCAUCGAAUCUCGCCGCCAGGUGCCCCGCUCCGCCGCGCUCUGCAGUGCAGCAGAGGAGGCUGCUCUCUGACCGCGCGAGGCUCGACACUGACUGGUUGGUUAUCAGUUGUUUUUCCUUCAGACCGAGGACAGGAGACUCGCUGGGAAGCUACAGUAGCUGCUAGAGGGCCAUGAAGUUCGGCAAGGUGCUGCAGCAGUCGACGCAGAUGUCGCCCAGCGCGUGGGAGCCCUACUGGGCCGACUACAAGCUGCUCAAGAAGAUCAUCAAGGACUGCGCGCAGAUCAAGAAGGAGGAGAAGCUGCAGGGCGACAAACUCGUCAAGAUCAAGAUCAAACCCUCCGCCAAGGAGGACAACGACAGCAUCCGCCAGUCGCAGGAUGAGAUGAACUUCUUCCGCACGCUGCGCAUGGAGAUCAAGAAGAUUGCAGACUUCUUCAUCAAGGAGCAGGCCAGGCACACGAGCCAAGUGGCGGCCAUCGACGCCAGCUUCCAGCAGCUCAAGACGAAUCCCGACUCGGCUGAAGCGAAGACGGCGCUGAUGAAGAGCUGCGUGGCUCUGUACAAGGAGCUGCUGCUGCUGGAAAACUUUGCCGUCAUGAACUUUUGCGGCAUCUCCAAGAUUUUGAAGAAGCACGACAAGUGGACGGGAUAUGCCACGCGCAACAAGUUCAUGCACACGAUCCUGAUGAAGCAGCCUUUCGCGACGUACGAGCCGCUGCUGCACAUGAUCGAUCGUCUGGAGCACAUCUUCAUGCAGGCUACGGGAUCUAGCAUUGAGCAGCACGACGCGCAAAAGUCG